UCCGUGCUGGUGCUUGUUUAAAUGACACUGCAAUCACUGUUUUACUCGAAUAUAGACCCAUAAAUAAGUCGCAUCAACAAUUACACGUGCUCAAUUGAUAAAUCUGGUUAAGUACUAAUAAGACGAACAAUGCGAGAGAAGAGAAAUGUGGACUGGAGGGCAGGGUGUGUGUAGCGCAGCCCAGCCUCAACAUGACACACAGCCAAAGAGGAGGAACCAAACACCCUCACUCGAGUGAUUAUCAGUGGAAAUCACUGCACUGAAACCAACGUUUUAUAACAAACAAAAAAUGUCGUUCAUCCCUGGGCAUCCGGUCACAGCAGUUGUGCAACGAAUUGAGAUUCACAAACUACGGGAUGGUGAUAAUUUAAUAUUAGGAUUCAGCAUUGGAGGGGGAAUCGACCAAGAUCCAAGCCAGAAUCCUUUUUCUGAAGACAAGACAGACAAGGGAAUCUAUGUCACACGCGUGUCUAAAGGUGGACCUGCAGAGGUGGCUGGUCUCAGGAUGGGAGACAAAAUCAUGCAGGUGAACGGCUGGGACAUGACUAUGGUGACACAUGAUCAGGCACGAAAGAAACUCACCAAGAAGAAUGAAGAUGUGGUCAGGCUUCUCGUCACUAGAAAAUCCCUGGAGAAUGCAGUCAGACAGUCCAUGAUGCAACACUAAUGCAGAUCUGAAACACUAGAUCGAAUUGAAUGUCUUUAUUGGUUUCUCACAUGUUUAGAGCAUGUUUUAACUAAUAAAAAACAAACAGCCUCCCUCAGCCAAAGAGUGAUGCCAGGGAACCCUUUACACUCGGUAUGGACUAAAGAUCAUUUUGAUGUAUUGAACUCUAACUGAACCUGUGUGUGUGUGUGUGUGUGUGUGUGUGUGUGUGUGUGUGUGUGUGUGUGAAUGAUCGCUCUCAGAGUACGAUCUGAAGAUUGUGGUUUGCAUUCCAUAAUUUGCUACACUAAUUUCAGUUUAGCUACACUUUAUACUACACUAUCUUUAGCACAUAUACUUCUGAAUGUAUCUUGGAGUCUGUAAACUCCAUAUCAUUUCAUUCAAAGAUCUCAAGGGCUACAGUGAAUUGUGUUCACCUCAUUCCUUGUUAACACUUACACCUACAUACACGCCCAUUAAUGAAUGAAUCAAGUAAUGUGGGAAACAGCCAGCGUACAGUUGUACUUCAAUGACCACUAAUUUUGCUAUUUUUUGUUUCUCUUCAUCUUAUAACUGUUUUUGUAUUUAAUUAACAUAAUAUUAGCCUAAUGAUGCUAUUGAAAUCUCACCCUCUGACCAGAUAAACAGCUUCAUCUGGAUUUGGCACAAUUGGACUGCAGUUUUGUAUUUAGUAUUACUUUUCCCACCUAAUUUUUCAUGUUUUGAAAAUGUUUAUGAUACAGAUAUUUUGUGGCGAUUGAUUGUAUGAAGAUAUAUUUUCACGUAAGCGAAUAAAGUAAUCUUCUAGCA